CAGUCUGCAGGUGAACCGCCAUGAAGAGGCCGCUGCUGCUGGGUGUCACGGCCUUCUGUGUCUGUGCGCUUGUUGCCGCCGACAACUCCUUCCCCGAGAAGGAUGGAGUUUUACAGCUGAAAAGGGGAAAUUUCGACAGGGCACUGAGAGCAUACAAACAGCUACUGGUGCACUUCUAUGCUCCUCUGUCCGGGGACGGCCAUCGCGUGUCAGUGGCGUUUGAAGGCGCUGCUGUGGAGCUCCAGGGGUCGGAUGUCAGACUGGCCGUGGUUGAUGUGACUAAGGAAAAGGAGCUGGCCAAAGAGCUCAAUGCGACGGGCCACCCUACAAUCAGACUGUUCCUCUCUGGAGAUAAACACCACGCUGUAGCCUGUCCUGUCCCUCGGAGCUCAGCUUCCAUCUUGACCUGGCUGAAAAGGAGGGCGGGGUCACCUGAAGACCUCGUCACCGACUCACUCGGCCAAUCAGAGGAGCUGACUGUGGUCGGCUUCUUUAAGGAGUCGGAUCAUGGAUACCUGCAGGUGUUCCACGCUGCAGCGGUCGACCUGCCUGACGUCAGCUUUGCUGUGACGCAAGACGGCGAAGUCGUCACCAAAUAUGGUCUCACGCGUGAUGUUGUUUUUCUGCUCAAAAAGUCUAAGCUCAUCCAGGCUUACAAAAUGACGCCUCAGACAUCUAAAGAGGAGCUGAUCGUUUUUAUCACCGUCUACCAGAUGGACCCAGUCACUGAAUACAACGGACAGACAGCCACUCAGAUCCUAACCUCACCCAUAUUAAACCACGCCAUCCUCUUUGUCAACAAAAGCUCUGCAGGCUUUGAAGAGAUUUUCUCUGCUUUCAGCGCCUCUGCAGAGUCGUUCAGGCUGAAGAUUUUGUUUGUGUUGGUGGACGUGGAUGAGCCUCGUAACGGCAGAAUCAUGGAGUACUUCCGGGUUCGGGACUUUGAGGCUCCUGUCGUCCGACUGGUCAACCUGACGGACCACGUGACUUACCACCUGCCCUCCGACACCCUGAACACAAAGACCAUAGAAAAGUUCUGCUGGUCGUAUUUGGAGGGCGAGGCUAAGCCUAAGAUGCAGAGUGAGCCGAUCCCCGAGGGGUGGGACGAAAAACCCGUGAAGGAGCUGGUGGGGGAGACUCUGGAGAAAGUUGCCUUUCACCCCAACAGUACUGUUUUCGUCUUGUUCUAUCUGCCCUACAGUCAAGAGUCCCGUGCUCUGUUCCCGCUGUGGGAGGAGCUAGCUGAGGCCUUCAAGGAGCGAGAGAGUGUGACCAUCGCCCGUAUCGACGCAUCAGCCAACGACAUCAACAUGUCGACUCGAGGACCGUACCCGUCACUCUGCCUGUUCCCUGCUCUCUAUGCUGAACGGGUGGUGGUUUAUACUGGAAAAAGGAAGUUGAAACACCUGAUUAAGUUUGUAGACAAAGAGAUGGAGAAAGCCAAGGAGGACAGAGUUAAGGAGGAUGAAGACAGGAGGAAGUAUAUCGAGUCCGUAAAAGCUGAGGAGGCAAAAAAAGCCAACAAAACCAAAGACGAGCUUUGAAACAGGAGCAGUGAUGUGUGUGUGUGUGUGUGUGUGUGUGUGUGUGUGUGUGUGUGUGUGUGUGUGUGUGUGUCUGGCCAUAGCUUUUAGUGUGUACUUUGUAAACAUGGAUAUGGUUUUAUCUACUCGUUAACAAUCUGUCCAUUCAAAUCAAAUAAAGUCUCCAGUUAAACGCU